AUGUCGUCAUCGUCAAGCUCACAUCCGCCCAAUGCAACAACCCAACAAGCUUUUUAUUCCGAUGACCCUUCUUCUUUAUGCAUCCCUAUUGAUGAAAGCUAUGCCUCAUCGACAAUGCUUCAGGAGAUGCUUCUUCAGCAGAUGCAGCUGGUUAGUCCUCAACAAGAAACACGCGAUAGUAGUGCUGUUACCACCGAUCCAGGAUUACCUUCUGCUGCUAUGCCAGCAGCCGUAAAAGAAGAAAUGUCGCCACAAACCAAGCAAUCAUUGAGACGUCGGAUUCGCAAUGCUGCACCAGAACGACGUGCGGUACAUAAUGCCACAGAACGUGCGAGACGCGAGUGUUUGAAUGGCAAGUUCCAGUUAUUGGCAACGAUGCUACCCAACUUGCAAAACUUUCGUAAACCAUCCAAAAGCCAAAUCAUUGAAAAAGCACUUGAAUGGGUCGAGCACACUAUGUACAAUGAAGAGCGCUAUGCAUGGCAAAUGCAACAGCUGGAGCAAGAGAACAACUGGCUAAGGGAGCAUCUUCAUAAACUUGGAGUUGAAUACCAGCAAUACAAUGGGCAACAACAACAACAGCAGCAUUGUCCCACACCCUUAACUUCAUUGCCUUCGCCUCCUCCAAGUAUCACGAGUGCCACCAGCACAGCUAAGAGCACCAUCAAUAACGCUCACUUGCCGCCUUCAUUAUCGUCCCCUAGUGAGUAUGGCAAAACGUCAACAAUGGAUUCUCGGAACAACGGUCAUUUGGUUACACCGCACUCCUCUUUGUCUCAAUGA